UCAGUUCUCGUUUUUUUCUCUCUACUCUCUCUCUCUCUCUCUUCAUUCAUCUCCAAAAGUUUGUUACGUUUUGUAACAAACUCUUCACCAUCAAUCUUCACUUUCCACCUUCAUCCUCUUCCCUCAACUGUGCUUCAUCAACCACUCUUCCUUCAACCUUCAUACUAGUCAAUCAUCUCCAUCACUCUCCUCCGAAGUCAUCACCAACCUCACCACACGGUCACCAUCAUCAUCAUCAUCAUUUCACUUUCUUGCAGUUCAGCUCAUUGCUUGAAGCAGCUCGGAUUUUCACUCAACAAUGGCAAUGACACUCAAAAAAUUUCCUACAAUAUUCGUGGCAUUUUUGUUUGUCUCCGCCGCCAUUGCUAUUCUCCCGCCUCCACCACCAGACCCUUUCUUGUCUGCACCCCAUCAAGCUAUGUUUCCUCCGGUCACAAGCGGCCCUAGCAGGGACCUUAAAAAACCUAUUCCAAAGUCCAUGAUUGCUUUGUCAGUCAUGGCUGGACUUCUACUUUUCACUAUAUGUGUGGGAGGUCUCGUUUGUGUGUGUUCCAAAUCAUCUCCACCACCACUUGCUGCUGCGGAUGGAAUUGAUGCCCACGGGACAGCGGUUGGAAUUCCAGUGCCAAUGCAAAGACUCAGAGGAAUGGAUGAAACUUGACUUGGAUAUUUAUAUAUGUUUUAUCAUUGUUAUAAUUAUUAUUAGAAUUCUAAGUUUUUCUAUUAUAUUAUCAGCAUGUACUAAAUAUUUAUCCAUGAAGUAUUAUCGAAUGAAGAAAUUAUAAUUUUGUUUAAA